CCUCCUUCCGCCUUGCUCAUCUGGAUCUCAGAAAUAAUCAUAAUCUAAAAUUUAGUAUUUUCUGCUCAUGCUGACUUAUUCACUUAGUCAUCGUGGUUAAAAACAAACCAUGGAUGAUGAGUCUGACUGGGAUAGUGAGCCAGACGUGUCCCCAGCACCUCCCAGAAUGCAACCUUUAAUGAAGAAGCCAAAUGGGAAUGUUAGGCAACAGCAUGAACAAGUUGAUAGCAGAGAAUCAUCACAAGAGGACCUUGGGGAUGGCAGGCGACCGAGGGACUCCCAGCGUACCUGCCGGAGGCAGGACCGAGAGCAGGCACCCAGGGGAGACGGCCGCGCUCCUGUUGUGUCACCCAGAGGUGGCGGACAUCAGCCCAGGCCCAAGGAGAGACAUGGGACAGACUCACAGGCAGAGGGCCGCAGGCAUCCAGAGCAGAGGGGGCAGCACCAGAAGGCCGCCGAGCGGAGCAACGCUGAGGAACAGCCACCCUAUAACUUUCGCGCGGAGACGGAAGGCAGCCAGAGGUCGGCCGCUCGUCAGAAGCCGCGUCCGCCGGGCCGCCAGCAGCGAGCCGAGUACUCCGUGCCGCCGUCCCAGACCGACGGACCGACUCCGGACUCGGCCGGAACAGCUGAUAUCGCUCUGAAGCCUAUCGGCUCUCCGGGCGUGGUCCGACAAAACUCAGCGGCUCUGGACCGCGGAGAGAAGCCGGUCCCGCUGGACGGACCGCUGGUCCCGCGUUCCUCGGGCCCGGACUCUCCCCUGGUGGAGGGGGAGGGGGACGGGACGGCCGCAAUGGCCGUGGCGGUCUCCAGCUGCCAGUUCUCACAGCCCGAGAUCAGUGUGCUGCGCUCGGGGGACCGUAACCCGUCCGCGCUGCAGAGCCGCUACGGCCGUCUGUCGCACCGCAGCCUGAUGAGGAUGUGGUCAGAGGUGCUCUGGGUCGCCUCCGUGCCCGUGCUGGUCGUCACCACGUUCUUCUUCGCACUCACCAGGUGUGUGCUGGAGACGGUGGUCCGCCCUGUGGCACUGGGGCCACUUCAGCUGCUCGGCGACCACCUGCUGAAGCCGGCCGCCGUCACGCUGCACGACUCCCUGCUGUUGCCGGCCGCCGCGCUGCUGGCCAACGCGCUGGCCGCGCUGGCGCUGCUCGGCCGGCCGCUGGGCGAGGCGCUGGACGCCCUGCUGCGGCCGCUGGCCACGCUGUUGGCCAGCUGUCGGCUAGUGCAGGUCACCUACGGCCAGCCGGCGCCGCCGGGACACCGGCUGCAGGCGGUCUGAGAGACGAGGCAGGUGGGCCCCGCGCCGGGGGAAGGUG